CUUAAAGCAAGGUUGUGGACCUAACCUAAUAUUGGAUUCGCUAUUGACAAGUAAGUAAUCAUGAAUUUGACACUUUUCUAAUUGAAAUCAGUUGACACGUGUAUGAACUGUGAAAAGUUGGAUUAAACAUAAAAUUAAAAGAUAAACAAGCAGUGAUAAUAUAUACCAAUAUACACGAUGACGACGCAAGAAGUGAAGAGAAGUAAGAAAAAAAGCGCGCAGAAAGAAAGUAUAACGCAGGAGGAAAACAAGGCAGAAAAACCGAGCAAACCCGUUGAAUUGAAAUAUGGACCUACUGUAUCUUUUCCAUAUCAAAGAGUAUGGUCUAGAUGUGUUCUGAUACUUGGAGUCUUGCUAAUAGUUUGGUAUAAUAACAGACAGGGUAAAGAAGUAUAUCUAGCAAAGCAGAAAGACGUGUUGGUAAGUCGUACACAGAACGUUGACUGCUCUAUGGAUUAUAGAGACGAGUUAGAAAACUACUCUGGCUGUAUACCAGAAAAAUGCGGCAGAGUUGUAACUGACAAACUCGUCUCGACAACAGAGGCAGAUGUUUUACUGAGACUAGCGAAAAGUGGAAUAGAUUUGGCUGGAUCUGAUGGUGGCGCGAGUAUUCUGGAUCUUCAUUCAGGCGCUCUUAGCAAGAGCCAAGGUUUUAUCAAUAUCUAUAAAUUACCAGAAGCAAAGAAAAUAUUCAACAGUAUAGAUUCAGCAAUUUAUAAGGUAGUGAAAACAAAAAUACAACAUGCUGUGGCGCAUAAUUUCGGCGUAGAUAUAAAUAAGAUUUAUUUAACCAAACCUACCUUUUUCUCGCGGAUGACUAAUAAAUCCGCAAAAACCAUACAUGACGAAUACUGGCAUCCACAUAUCGAUAAGGAAACAUACGAAUCGUUUCAUUACACAGCGUUACUAUAUUUAAAUGAUUUUAAUAAAGAUUUUGAAGGCGGUCGAUUUAUAUUUAUGGAUAAGAAUGAUGUCAAUACUACAGUAGAACCCAGAAAAGGCAGAGUAUCAAUUUUUACUUCAGGAAGCGAAAAUUUACAUCUAGUUGAAAAAGUGAAAUCUGGUACUCGUUACGCUUUGACCGUGUCUUUCACAUGCGAUAAGAACGCCGCGAUAUCCGAUCUAAGUUUUACCGCCGCAUUAAAUUAAAAUUUAUUUCAUUACUUUUUUAGUUAUCAAAUACAUAA